GCAUUUUGAAAGUAUUCAAUGGUAUGUAUGGUUAUUUGAUUAAGAUUAAUGUUUUUGUUUAAAAAAGUCCAAGUGUGGUUGUAAUUUUUCUAAAUGUUUUCUUUUAGAAUAUAAAGCAAAUUCUAACUUCAAAGACAGCAGGGAUGACUGUGAUCAAAGAGUAUGAAGACACUGGGAGUUUAAAAGAUUCCACAAGGCGGUUAAUAGUGAACAUAAUUGUAGCUCACAUGCAUGAAAAAGAAGGGAGAGCUGUUAGUAAAGCAACAAAGGAGUUCCAUGCCCUUGGGAUUGUGUCCCUGUUCCCAUCUUUGAAAGACCCAUACUCUAAAAAAGGAUAUGAACAUUUCUAUGACAUUAAGAGCAACAAAGGCUUUCUUGAGUGGCGUAUAGAGACCGUGCAACGUAAAUCCAGAAUCACCUCUGCAUCACAGAGCAGAGUGGAGCUAAAAGGAGGUCCCACAUUAUCAAGAACGAUUGGAACUAUAGAUGACCAGCGAAUGGGAGAUGAAUGUCUGGAAGCUGUGUCUCUCCUCAAUUACACAACUGACCGUGACUUAGUGUUCCAGAAGAUGAGAGAAACUUUCCACUACCGUCAGCAGAUUCUUCACAACCCACAGCACUCAGCUGAUGUACUACAAAUGUUUCCUCAUUUCUUGGACGUCAAAAGACUGAUUUUGCAAGACUUCUCACUAAUGUUUAGAGCAGAGGUUGCUUCAAAGUUUCUGGAAAAAUGGAACACCAGAUUCAAAGAAAAAGUCAUCCAGGAGGCCAGGAACCUUAAAGAGACUGCUCUCCUGAAACAGCAUCUGAAAGCUGUACUGAAAGAAGGAUCUGAUACUACUGAUUAUCCAGAAUGGGACAGUGACAUUGCUUCUCUAUUUGUCCUGCUUCAUCUUCUUACUCCACAACCAGCUGGAAGAAAGCGGCCAAAGAAGAUCAGUGUUGGAGAGGCAACAAAUCAUCUGUCAUGCCAAAGCCUUGAUGAUCAUCUCCUGACAACUGAAGGAAACCCUCAGCCAUAUCUUCUCGCCUCAGGGACUUCAAAAGCACAGGUUUCCACCUUUUACAUUGUCUUGGACAGAAAAGUUCUGCCUUGUCAAUCAUGUACAUCCUUGGGUGCCUUUGACGAGCUGUUCAAGUCCCAUUUUGUUUUCAGUGUGAAGUAUGAUGAUGCUCUGUCCAGUCUGUACACAUUUUUGCAGACAACUGUGUACAAUAUCGAUAUAAGUACAACUGAGGAAACUCCAAGGGUCAAGGAGCUAAGAGCAAGACUGUUGAACAAGCACUAAUUGUCUUAUUUAACCAAAAUGUUAAGUUGUUUCCUCUGCACUUCAUCCUUUUGUUCAGCUUUGCUUUUGUUCAGGCACCUCAAACUAAUUCAUGGAAUGUAUCCUGGGAAAAAUCUAAGACUGAAAUGUGGUCAAGCAGAUUGUUGCUUGCAGUUCUCUAUUUAUUUUGGAUUUAGGAGACAUCUCAUUAAGAUACAUUCUUCAAUUGGUGACAAAUGUGACCCUCAUGAGACCCCUUCCAGUUAUGAAAGUGAAGAACAAAAUUCUCAUACCUUAAAUGAUGAAAUACCUUCUACUUCAUCCCAGUGCCAAAAUUUUGAAGCAGUCCCUUCAGUAUCUACUCACAAGAAAGAUAUGUGUGCGUCCAUUAUAGCAAAACUUAUGGCAAGUGGUGUACCAAAUACUGUAGUUCUUUCGACAAUUGAAAAUUUGGAGGAAUUUGUUGAAGAUUUGCAGUCUAAUAUUAAGGACCAUGUCUUAAACUUACUACCAGGUAACAAUCCAUCAAGACCAGCCAUAGAAGAGUUAUUUAAAAGUUUGGACAACCCUUUCAACCAAUUGAACUCUGAUACCAAAUGGAAAAAGUAUUUCAGAGACAAAUGGGGAGUAGUAGACCCAGUUGAACUGCGCCUUGGUGUUAGGUAUGACACCAGACGAAAUAACAAAACUGGAACUUAUGAACAAGUUCCCGUUAAUGAUAAAUUCAUAUAUAUUCCAAUUUUGAAAACAUUCCAGUUCAUUUUCAGAAAUGAAAACAUUUGUGAGAUGAUGCAAACAUGUACUCAGUCUGACAUAUAUGAAGACUUCUGCGAUGGUAUCUACUUUAAAAAUCAUCCUUUAUUUUCGACUAAUAAGUUUGCUCUCCAAAUUCAAUUAUACUAUGACGAGUUUGAAUGUGCAAAUCCUCUUGGUUCCAAAAAAGGAAUUCAUAAAAUUGGUUGCCUGUACUUCAUUCUUAGAACUCUUGCUCCAAAGGUGAAUUCUGCCCUCAUGAACAUCCAUUUGGUAUCUUUGUUCCAUGCCCAAGAUGUUAAGAAAUAUGGGAUUGAUGAAAUACUGAAACCCUUAAUAAGGGACUUGAAAAUAUUAGAAACUGUUGGGAUUGCUGUUCCAUUUGCUGAACAACUUGUAUGUGGCACACUUGCUCUCAUUACUGGUGAUAACUUAGGUAUGCAUAGCAUUCUUGGGUUCUUGGAAUCAUUUAGUGCAAAUUAUUUCUGUCGAUUUUGCUUAAUUGAUAAAUCUUCAGCUCAGUCAGUUUUCUCAGAGGAUGACCCAAGUUUGACUUUAAGAUCACCAGUACUAAAUGAUCAGCAUUAUGCCAGUUUGGUAGAUGAUCCAACACUAACCUCUUCUUUUGGCAUCAAGAGGAAAAGCAUGCUCAAUACUUUGCAGUAUUUCAAUACUGGGGAAAACUAUGCUGUCGAUAUCAUGCAUGAUAUUUUGGAAGGGGUUGGUCAAUAUGAGAUAAAACUACUUUUUGAAUAUCUGAUUGAACAUUUCAUCUCUAAAGAAAGCUUGUUGAACAGGACGUAUGCUUUUAAUUAUAGCUAUGUGGAAACUAAAAACAAGCCCACAAAUAUUAAUCUUGACUGCGGAGGACAUGGAAUAGGCUUAAAUGCAUCGCAAACACUGUGUUUAGUCACUAACAUACCUUUGAUAUUUGGUGACCUGGUACCAGAUGAUGAUUUGCACUGGCGCUUGUUGCUCUUGUUGUUGAACAUCAUAAAUAUUGUGUUCUCUUACUCAAUCACUGAGGGGAUGACAGUUUAUUUAAAUCACCUUAUUAUUGAACAUCAUAAACUCUUUAAAGAACUGUUCCCAUUAAAAAACUUGCUUCCAAAACAUAAUUUUAUGGUCCACUACCCAAGGUGCAUUAGAAAGAUCGGACCACUCAUUCAUAUCUGGACCAUGAGAUUUGAAGCGAAACACAAGUUUUUUAAAGAUUCUGUGAAGAACUUCAAAAAUUUGACAGUUUUGCUUGCAAAUA